GGUACUGAACGGGGGAUAAGGAGCGGACUGCGCCUGCGCGGCCCGUCCCACUCGGUUCGACCUCUGCAGUAGCCGGCGGGGAGCUCGGGAGUGAGAGGAGGAGCCGACACUGUGCACCAUGUUCGCCUGCGCCCAGCUCGCCCGUGCCCCCUCUCUGCUCCGUACUGGAUCCAGAGUUAUAUACAGACCAAUUUCUGCAUCAGUGUUGUCUCGACCAGAGGUCAGGACUGGAGAGGGCAGCACGGUAGUCAAUGGGACCCAGAACAGUGUGUCUCAGCUGGCAGUAAGGGAGUUCCAGACCAGUGCUAUCAGCAGAGACAUUGAUACUGCUGCCAAAUUUAUUGGUGCUGGUGCGGCCACAGUAGGAGUGGCUGGUUCUGGUGCUGGGAUUGGAACGGUUUUUGGGAGCCUCAUCAUUGGCUAUGCCAGAAACCCUUCUCUGAAGCAGCAGCUGUUCUCAUACGCUAUCCUGGGAUUUGCCCUGUCUGAAGCUAUGGGUCUCUUUUGUUUGAUGGUAGCUUUCUUGAUCUUAUUCGCCAUGUAACAAGGUGCUGCUUGAAAUGUUGGCAUUAAUAUAAAUUACGGAUGUAGUUCUGUGUAACUUACUGUGGCUCCAAAAACCGUUGUGCUGGUGUUAUGGAAGUGUACAUUACGUUUCCAAAAUCAUUUCAUUAAAGGUGACGACUUUAAUUUU